AUGCCGGGCAUGGACCAGCGUGAGCUCGAGUCGCGCGUAAAGGCGCUGACCAAGGUCGUGGCCGCCAACGAGCCGCCGGAGAAUGCGCUGAAGCUGCUGGAGUCGCUCAAGAAGGAUGCGUCACCGACCGAGGAGAUGCUACGGGCCACGCGCGCAGGUGUCUUUGUCGGCAAACUGCGGUCAAAUCCCAACAAGGAGAUUGCUCGAGCCGCCUCCGAACUCGUCAUCAAGUGGAAGAAGCUCGUCGAGCAGGAAAAGAACUCCAAGCUGCAAAAGGCAAAGAUGGGCUCCCCGUCAGCACCCGCCGCCGCAUCGCCGCCCAACCCGUCGUCCGCCAACGCUGCGCCCAGCAGCGGCGCCAAGAAGGCGUUCAAGGGCGACCCCGAGAAGCGCAAGUUCGACACCGACGGCGUCAGCAUCAAGCGUACCGAGUCCAACGUCCGCAACCAGUGCAUCGGCCUCUUGUACAACGGCCUCGCUUACCGAUCCACCGAGUCCGAGAGCGAUGUCAUCGCCAAGGCCGUUGCCGUUGAGAGCGCCCUGUUCACCCUCCUCAACGGCGAGGGCGCCGAGUACAAGAAGAAGAUCCGAUCGCUCUUCCAAAAUCUCAAGAGCAAGUCCAAUCGGGACCUGGGCAAGAGAGUCCUGUCAGGAGACAUCUCGCCUGAUCGAUUCGUUAGCAUGACGGACGAUGAGCUCAAGAGCGAGGAGCGCAAAAAGAUGGAGAUGGAGCUGGAAAAGGAGAACAUGAAGAAGGCCCAGGUUCCGAUGGCGGAGAAGAGUAUCAGCGACAGCCUGGAGUGCGGCAAGUGCAAGAAGAAGAGGGUCAGCUACACCCAGGCACAGACACGAAGUGCUGAUGAACCGAUGACGACGUUUUGCGAGUGUAUGAAUUGCGGCAACCGGUGGAAGUUCUCAUAA